AUGAAUCAUAAAUUGUCUUUAUCUGCUUUCUUAAUACACUUUACCCAACUGGCACUAUGUGAAAUGCAAAAUGGAAUUACAACAGGAUAUCACGACAAGAGAGGAUUAAGAACCGCAAAUGAAAGUAAUCCAAAUAAAAACUUUAAGAUAAAUAAUGAAGAAAUUAAUCUUCAUGAAAGGACGAAAAAUAAUGAUUUUAGAGCAUGGUUAGCAAAACAUUCAAAAUUUGCGGCAAUAAUGACAGUAUUCGCAGGAGCGGAUAUUGAAGCUCUGAAAUUACUUACGUCACAGCUCGCUGGAUGUGAAAUGUUUAACGCAAAGUUUUCUUUUAAGGCUAACAGAUGGAUAUUAUGGGGUGGAGUUAUUAAUUCUCUUUUUGAAGAUUUACCCCAAUUUGUUAUUCAGAUUUUGUAUAAAGAGAAUACGGAUAAAGAUUAUUCGUUAAUUCCGUUCGUGACUCUCGUUACAAGUACGAUAGUAUUGCUCGUUGAUAUCGUAGGUCGAAUAUAUGAUGCGCUAAAUGGUUCGGAUUAUAGAACUGCUGAAAUGACGGCUCCAUUAAACUGCCGUGAGGUUCGUCAGAUACCAAGUGAAGGGUCCUCAUUUGAUAAUAAUGAAAACAUUAGUUUUGACGAAAAUGCUGAACCUUAUCAUAGAUAUUAA